UAUUGGUCAACCGGGACGCCUCUCGGGAAGAGUUCCCACCCUCCCGUGUAGGUUGAUCCACAGUCAUUCACCUGGCUGUUAAGGCUGACAGGAUUUCGUGGUUGUCUCCAUCCCCAAGGCUACGUGGAUGCCCUUCCCAGGAGCACAUACCCAGUGUCCUCUGGGGACUAGUGGAGCCAACUUGAGGACUCACUGACCAUGACCUCUAUAAAGGAGCAGGCAGCAAUUAGCCGCCUCUUGAGUUUUCUACAGGACUGGGACAACGCUGGCAAAGUCGCAAGGAGUCACAUCCUUGACAAUUUCAUCAAGACCAACAAAGGCAAGACCUCUCCUGAACUGGAGCAGGAGUUUUCCCAGGGAGCCAGCUUGUUCCUGGUUCGCCUGACGACCUGGCUGAGACUCAUCUAUAUGACUGGCUCCUGUUUAGAUAAGCUUCUACAGUCUAUUGGCAUCUUCUUGUCAGCUGUGAGCAGUAAUCGGUACCUUAUAGAAUUUCUUGAAGUUGGAGGCGUCCUAACACUCUUGGAAAUACUUGGGCUGGAGGAGAUCAAGGAGGAGGACAAGAAGGAAUCCAUCAAGCUACUUCAGGUUAUUGCAAACUAUGGCAGGAAGUACAAGGAGCUCAUCUGUGAAAGCUAUGGCGUGAGAUCCAUAGCAGAAUUCUUGGCAAAGUCGAAAUCCGAAGAAACCCAGGAAGAAGUGCAGGUUCUGUUGGAUUCUUUGGUCCACGGAAAUCCCAAGUACCAGAACCAAGUAUACAAAGGUCUGAUAGCUUUGCUGCCCUGUGCGUCACCUAAAGCUCAGCAGCUGUCCCUGCAGACUCUCAGAACUGCGCAGUCAAUCAUUGGAACCACCCACCCCAGCAUCGUGGAGUGCGUCCUGAAGGUGCUGCGCACGAUGCACCUGGAAGUCCAGUAUGAAGGGGCGGUUUGGAGCAUCAGGCCUCCCCAGGGCCUCUGCCCUUCAACAGCCAUCGAGCUGAUCAAGGACCUGGUCAACUACGACGUGUGCCAGGCGCUGCUCAAGGGCCUGGUGGAGCUGCUGAUACCGUCCGUCAAGGAGACCAGAAAACUGCAGCCCAAGAUCCUCAACGACUCCUUGGUUCCCCAGCUCACCGCCCACCUGCCAGUGUUCUUGCAGCAGGCCGCGGCGGCCAAAGCCAUCGGGGUCCUGGCGCGCAGCAACACGAGCAUCGCGGAGGAGAUGCUGCACCUGCGCGUGGUGCACAGCCUGUUGGCCGCCAUGGGCAACUCGGACCACUGCAACAGCCAGCGGCAGGCCAGCCUCACGCUGGAGUACUUCGUGCAGAUGUUCCCGGUGGUGGAGGAGCAUGUCCGCCGGUCGAUGGGAGAAGAGCUCUACCAGCUCUUCCUCAGCAAUGCCGAGGACUUGUACAUGAAAAUAGAUAGCAUUCAGGCGGACAUCUUGGCGGCCAACAAAGUCAAUGUUUCCAAAGUAUUACACCAAAGUGGCGUCCCCCGCAGCAACACGACCUUUUAUCUUGAAGCUCAUGACAAGGAUCAGCUGGAUUACAUCUCAUACUUCCAGAAGGAGGAUAUGGAGGGAAAGGAGUAACAGAGCCUCUGAGGCAAUCCAGAAAGAUCCGGGCGGUGUUUCAGGAAGCCUGGGAGAAGGAUCCUGGGGUCACGCUCACGGUGACCCCACUGGCCCUAGGUGGGAGGCUGAGGGUUGGGCCUACGUGUAGGGGAGAGGGAGAGCUGCCGGCUGGCAGGAAUUCAAUAAAUAGUCUUGCUAUC